AUGGCUUCUGCGAGUCCAACGUCCGACUCCACGGCGGUCUGUCGACGCCAGUUUGAAGGAACCCUUGUAGCGGAGAAGGCGUACAAAGAAGCGGCUUCGCCUGCCCCUGAGCACCCCGCACCAUGUUCCAACAUCUCUGCCAUCAAGUUUAAGCAGGGUGACUACGCCGGUUCCUUGAAGAACCUCGAGAAACCUUUGUGCCUCUCCUCCGACGAGCCGGAGAACGGCCCAAAGAAGCAGAAGUUGUACACUCGAAUGGUCAAAUGCCACCUGCAUUCUCUGUCUCUUUCUAAGGCUAGUCAAGCCGUGGAGGCUCUCAGUGAUGAUGCCUCGGGCAAGGACCUUCAAGCCGCCUUCAAGGAGAUGGAGAGCUUGCGGCAAGAUGCUCCAGAGUACUAUGCUUUCGGCCAUGAUCAAGCCGAGCCGCUGUUUGAUGCCCCGCUUUGGCCGCUGAUGAGUGAGAAAGAUCCGGUGUCUUUCCUCUUCUGCGGGAGUGGCGAUGCCCGUCAUUUGUUCGUCACCAUAGUUGCUCUUUUCGUCAACAAAACGGCUGCAUCAGUAGGAGGUCCUGCAAAGGGUAUGGCAUCGGCUCCGGCUCAUUUCACAUUGGUCGAUAUCAAUGCCGCCGCGCUCGCGAGAACCCUCAUUAUCUUUGACAUGACCUUUCGGCCCAGAAAUUGCCGCGUAUCGACGGUCUUGGCUUACAUGUACUCAUCGGCAUUCAUUCCUAAGUUCGCUGCCGAGAAGAUAUUGGAGCAUGUUCGAACAUUGAUCGAUCACUUUGAAGACACCGACGAUGGUGCCGGGACAGAUUAUAUGUUCAUGCUCUACGUCCCGAAAGAUACCCGGAUUCAAGUUCUUCGCAAGCUGAAGCAAUGGGCGGAGCCUCUUGGAGCUAUGUAUGCCACCAAACGUCUCCGGCCAAUGAUCCAAAAGGAUUUCGCACAGACGCGGGAGCGGAAAAGAGGGGUGUUUGGUGCCGAACGUGAUAAGACUGAUAAUAAGGACGACAAGGAAUUCGCGGAACUAGCCGUGUUGAUCCCCCUGCUCGAGGCAUUCCGGGCUGAGAACCCGGGAUCCAAGAAGCAGCUCCUUGAGCAAGUCGAUUCGCAGUGGGUCGUGAAUCAGACUGUUCUUGAUAUGGACUAUGAGAAACGCACUCGUGAGGAGAGCGGGCCGGGUAUGCUGCCAAACUGGGACUUCAACCCAGCAGAUAUCCUCAAGAACCUGCCAAACCCAAUGACCGCCAUGAUGGGUAUGAUGGGCAGCAGUGACAAUUCCGGCGUGCUUAAGGGCAUCUCAGAAUUCUUUGACCUAUUGUCUGUUUCUGUCAUGUCGCUUCAUGAGCGUCUCAAGAUCGAGUUGAUUGCUGGCGAGAUGGCAGAUGUGUUCGAACGCCUACAAUACGACGGGAUGGAGCAUCGGAAGCAGAAGCCCACAGACAGCGAGGCUAUAGAUCCCACUCUGUUUCCACGGGCGUACGACCGAAUCCAUCUGAGCAAUAUACCGGAUUACGUUGGUGGGCCGUUGACGGCGUUGAUGUACGGCAUGCCUCUUCUUCACGAAGGCCGGCCGUCUAACUUGAGAUUCAAUAACCUUCUCAAUCCUCCGAUGUUCGACACCCACGACCAUUUUCUUGCGGAGUACAUGCUCAUGCAUGAUGCCAAACAGGUGGCUGAUCACUUCGGUGCCGUGCGUGAGAUAGACUCCAACGCUCCGAAGAUACCCGAAGAAAUGAAGAAGUUAAUUGGCGACAACACGUUCAUGAUAGAGAACUAUUUCCCAUGGGCUCUCUCGGGAACGAAGAAGGUGCCGCGAAAUAGGAUGAUGUCUCGGCCUGCCUUGGGAAAUUGGCUUUACGGCCAUCUCCUGAAAAUAUGCAUCCCGUACCCCCGCCCUAUCUGGAGCGACCGUCCGGUUCAUGCUCCUCUGAACUUGACCGCUUUGUUCCGAUUGAUUACCCAGAUGCACAAGCACACUGGCUUUCCAACAUACUUUACGGUAUCUGUGAGCAUUGGGCCUUGGAGAGCCGAGUUCACCACCUUGUUGAGUAUUUGGCGUCGCCAUCUGCCCUUUGGGGUCAUUGCACCAGAGCACGCCUUGGUUCCGCCAGAGGAGAUCUUGGAGUGUAGCUUCACAUUCCCUAGGUUUCGUGAACAACAAGAUCGGAUUAUGCACUUCACCCUCGUGUUCGUCAACGUAGGUCUCGUCGAUGCCAAACAGCCCGAUUUUCGAAAGGCUCUCCUAGACGCCGAGGCUGGAUAUGUAUCGGACUCUGCCGCCAGGUUCCGCAAAGGUGGAGUCCAUAUUGUUACAGCGUUCAAGUUCGUGACGGAUACAAGAACGGCGUUUUUUUGGAUGCGUAAAGACGUCUUGGACGAGAUUACGUCAGGUGACUCGUGGGCAGCAGGUAUUUGCCGUACGGAUACUUGGGAUAUUGUCAACGGUACGAAGAUUCCCGUAUCUCAAGGUUUGAAGACUGUGGGGCCCUGGAUCGAGGCAUGA